UCACCAACAGCUAUCAUCGCCACAUGUACAGCACUAAAGGAAAUUCCUCAUAAUUUGCUAUUUUGUUUUUAUCCACUGAUUCUGAAUUGAGUCUCCCCUCUGUGUCGUCGCCAGCAUGGCCCCCGUGUUUAGGGUGUUCAAGUUGACUUGCCUCAUGGUCGUUGCAUUUUCCCUCACGUCCUGUCUCACACACGAGGAAAUACUGCAACAGCACGCCAAGUUGCAAGGCAAAAUUCAUAAAGCACCACCCAAACCCGUUGUCAUAGAAAAACCAGUUUUCAGGACGAACCCUGAUGAGUUAAAAUCCAAUGAUGAUGAGAAGCUACCUUUGGACAAGCAAGAGGCCCCAUCAGAUAAUCUCAAAUCUGGAGGAGGUCGGUCUACCGUAGUAGACACUGAUGGGGAUAAUCCAUCACUCAAGCCAGAUCAAGAGGACAUAUUUAUCGAUGAUGAUGAGACCGAGGAUGCUGGUGGCCUACCCCUUAAAUUCCCCGACCCUGAUUUAGACGAGGAAGACGGGGGCAGAGAUGAAGAAGUUCAGGGGGAACUUCUUGGUGAUAAAGCUGAAGAUGAAAUACACCACGAGGAAGACGUUGAUGAGGAGGCGCACUUCCAGGAGCAGUACCGGGGAGAACCUCAAGAUGCCCCGGUCGGAACGCUCGUCUUGGAGGAUUUGGAAGAAAUAAUUUCUAGUCAAGAGAGGAUCCUUUUGCAUUUCGUUGGCGAGGACUGUAAGAAGUGCGACCUCUUCCGACCUCACUUCGCUGCAGCCGCUAAGACGUUUUGGGACAUGGAGGAGACAGACAACUCCCAGGUGGUGCUCUUCUAUGAGGUUACUGACCUGCAACUCAUGGUCAAGUUCAAUCUACGACAGCUGCCGACGGUGUUCUUCUUCCGGUCAGGAAUCCCAAUUUUAUACGAAGGAACCUUAACCAAAGAACCUCUAGUGAGUUGGAUGCUUGCUCACUUGGAAGUGAUGGGAUGGGAGCUUCAGGAGGACAACUUCGACUUGGAGACGAAGAGGAAGAAUGAAGACGGCACUUCACAACAGUGGCUUAUCAAUUUUUGCAACGUGGAUAUUGCUGGUUGCGACGGGUUUAUGGCAACGUGGGAAAGUGCAGCCUACAGUUUGAAUGGCACGGUUCAGUUUGGAUACGUUGAUAUAGCACUUGAAGUCACACUGGCCAAGAGAUUUGACGUGGACCCACAACAUCUACCAGCAGUUGCCCUGUUGAAGGACGACCAGAUAUUCUGGUGCACCCUACCUCUUAUGGAGCUCACAACACACAAUUUAAUUCACUUCGUUACUAGCGGACACAUGAAGAAUGAUGAAGAGCACCUACCGAGUCAACUAAGCGCUUUUGCUGCGUUAAUUGUAAGGGCUGGUGCACAUUUUAACGUUGUUUUAGCCACAAUGGUAGCAACUACAGUGGUCUUGUAUGUCAUCUACGUUUAUGUUUGCCGACGACAGAGACUAGCAGACAGUGGGAAGCAGAAGGGAGUUUAAGUUAAACCAAUCUCUACAGUUUUGUAUGAUCUACAAUUUGGUUACCAGUUAAACAGAGAAUAGUUUCCAAACUCCUAGUUACGACAUUCAAAGUCAAACAUGGUAUAGCUCCUAUAAAUACUUCAAAGAAAUUAUCCUAAACUAAGUGUCCUAUUAGAGAUCUUCGUUCCGGCUUGCACAAUCGUCUCGCUCCUUUUCCAGCCACCACCAAACCAUUAAUGGGCAAAGGGCCUUUCAGUUUGCAUCUCUUGAACUCUGGAUUUCACUCCCCCAACGUAAGUUUUUUUUUUUAAAGACAUAUCGUUUUGUGAAAUAACUUAUGUUUUCCAUUGUAUGCAUUUUCUUUUUCUUUUUUGUAUUCAACAGUCCUGGUUUUUCUCGCCCGAAUUCCGCAAUCGCAGCUCUGCCUGGUGCACCACACUAAAUAGGCCACUAAUUAUUUUGUUUUUGUAUAUCCACAGAUACUUUUGAAACAUAACGUUUUCUGGGGUCAUGUAAUUAGUAGAUUGUGUUAAUUUAAUACUAUUUGUUACGUCGGUGUCACAUCAAUCUUUGAAGUAAUGGGUAAUGGGUAAGAUUGUAUUUAGCUGAAAGACCCCACCCCCACCCUAAAGUGAGUAGCUGUAACACAAUGUUCGACUUCUAUCCUUCUUUUUUUACAUUUGUUCUUCUGAAUUUGUUCUCCUGUAUUCGUUAGAUUUGGGAGGGGUAGGGAUACCCUUUGCAACAUAUCGGGCGUGGUAUAUAAUUUGAUAGAUGUUAGCAAUCUGAUAUUGAUGUAAUUUUGCUACAAACUGAAACCGGUAAAUAAAGAAAAAACAGUCCAGUAAACUAAAAUUAUGCUACGCCUUUCUGAAAAGUUUAUUAUUUCACUUCCAAAUUAUUUGAAAUAAUUUUAUGUCAAUAUUUGCUGGAAUUAAUACAAAUAACCAUGACUAUGAAAUCAGUAAAUACCCAAUAUAUAUUAAUUACAGUUAGCCUUCCAGAGUUGUACCCGUUAUUAACAUUUGAAACAAUAAUAUUACAAAUUGGACCACAUAUGGGUGCGAUAAAUUUGUGAAGAAUACGGUCAAUAAAUUUAUGUUAUCAUAGUGUUGUUGUUGUUGGUGUUUUUUAAUUAUACUAUUUACACAUCAAAGUUUAAUUUACACAUUCAUGCAUACAGAGCGGCUUCAACGCAAUUCAAUUAUUACCUCUAAUUUAUUUACCCAUAUCCAUAUUUAAAAAAACAAAUUGUUGUACAGUUGCCAAAAUAUAUUCAGAAAAAAAAUUGUAUUAAAUAAGUUUGAAAAAUAAAAUCUCACUCUGAAUAAAUCUGUUGCGAUACCAAACUUACAAGUUGCAUAACAGUCUCUAAAAUCCACCAACCAAGAAACCUAUUACAGAUAUACCAAGGCCAAACUUCAUUAAGCCUGUAAGCAUAAACAAUCGCUAAGCCCAGACAAAUCUUGCUUAAAGGAACACGUUGCCUUGGAUCGG